AUGGUCAAGGCUGUCGUCGCUGGCGCUUCCGGAGGUAUCGGACAGCCCCUUUCGCUCCUCCUCAAAUCUAGCCCUCAUAUCGACGAGCUUGCCCUUUACGAUGUGGUCAACACCCCGGGAGUCGCUGCCGAUCUCUCCCACAUCUCGUCCCCCGCUGUUGUCAAGGGCUACCUCCCUGCCAAUGACGGGGCCAAGGCUGCUUUCAAGGAUGCCGACAUCAUCGUCAUCCCAGCUGGCAUUCCUCGCAAGCCCGGUAUGACCCGUGACGAUCUGUUCAACAUCAACGCUGGUAUUGUCAAGGGCCUCAUCGAGACAGCUGCCGAGGUCGCUCCCAAGGCUUUCAUCCUGGUCAUCUCUAACCCCGUCAACUCGACCGUGCCCAUCGCGGCUGAGGUACUCAAGGCCAAGAAUGUCUUCAACCCCCAGCGCCUCUUCGGUGUCACCACGCUCGACAUCGUUCGUGCCGAGACCUUUGUCGCCGAGAUCAUUGGUGAGGCUCAACCCCAGAAGCUUACCAUCCCCGUCGUCGGCGGCCACUCCGGUGCUACUAUCAUCCCCCUUUUCAGCCAGGCUAGCCCUGCUGUUUCGAUCCCCGACGAUAAGUACGAUGCUCUCGUCAACCGUGUCCAAUUUGGCGGUGACGAGGUUGUCAAAGCCAAGGACGGUGCCGGUUCUGCUACCCUUUCGAUGGCCUACGCUGGCUUCAGGUUCGCCGAGAAGGUAAUUCGUGCCGUCAAGGGAGAGAAAGGCCUGGUUGAGCCUAGCUACAUCUACCUCUCUGGUGUGCCGGGCGGUGAUGCCGUUGCCAAGCAAGUCGGCACCGACUUCUUCUCCGUGCCCGUCGAGCUCGGCCCCAACGGCGCCGAGAAGGCCCAGAACCCCCUCGAGAAGAUCACCGAGAAAGAGAAGGGUCUCCUGGAGAAGGCUAUCUCCGACCUCAAGGGAAAUAUCAGCAAGGGUGUUGAGUUUGCCCACAACCCCCCUCAGAAGUAA